AUGUCUCGCCUCUCACUUCAAGGUGAUGCUGGAAAUGCAGUUGUGGUGAAUGAUCAUGACUGGUUGGGGGAUAGUGAUGGAGACCUGAGUUGGUUCCACUUAAUUGGUAGACUAUUCUCCAAACGCAAGGCUAAUGCAGAGGAGGUUGUUUUUGAUCAAUGUCAGUAUUGGGUCCGGAUUUUUGAUAUGCCGAUUUUGAUGAUGAACACACGCAUUGGUGUUUCGAUUGGAGAACUCAUGGGACCGGUCUUGGAAGUGGAUGACACUUGUGGGAGGUUCCUUCGGAUCAGAGUGGUGCUUACUCUUGUAGAUGCAUUGAGGAAGAAUACUACAGUAUCCACUUCUCAGGGUGAGCUUACUGUUCGUUUUAAAUAUGAAAAAUUACCCGCAUUUUGCAGGGUCUGUGGUAUCCUGACUCACUUGGAUAAUGACUGUCUGGUGGGAGUAACGAUCCUGCGAACACAAGGAUACAUCGAGAAGCAAUAUGAUGAUAGUAUCCGAGCUGAGUUGCCGGAUGUCAAGCCACGUCAAUCGGGUUUCCUAGCUAGGUCUCGACAGGGACUUCCCAACCAGGGGGUGGGUUUUAGGCUUGGAACUCGUCAAAGGAUGGGAGUUACAAAAUCUGGUACUAUCCAACCAAGAGGUUUUCGAAGCCAUGUGGAUAGUCAGAUACUCCGGCAAAGGGCAGCGGUGGCGCGUGGGGUUGACCGCGUGGAAGGUGGGAUCGUGAGGUCGAAGGAAGGCCUACCGGUGCACAAAAUCAGGAAGAAGGAGGUGGUUCCUAAUCCUACCUUGAAUACGGGAAUGAGAGACACGUUGGUUACAGGGGAAGAGCCGGGUAUUCAAGACAACAAUCAACCCGAAUUCUUUCCUUCACAGCAACGGGAAUUCGCUCAGACGGGUGAUGAUUUUAUUCCGCUGCAAGAUGACUCAAUUUCCCCAACCUUUGUUUUUGGAGCGACAUCGCCGCCUCAAGGAAGAAGGCAUCGAAAGUGGAAGAAGACGGCACGCAGCACAUAUAGUUAUAGUUUUGAUGUUUUGGGACCUUGUUCAAACCACAAAAUUGGGCAGAAGCGUACCAAAGGAGUACCAAAUUAUGAUUUUUUCAAUAUUGGGAAUCAGAAGCGGGCUAAGGAGCAAGACAAGGGGAGUGCAAACCAUGAGGAGGAUGAAUUUGGCGAAGCUAUUUAUCGAGAUCUUGAGCCGAACCUGUCCAAGGCGAACAACAGCGAUGCUUCUGAUGGGCAGAAUGUUGGGCAAAACUUUAACUCGGCCGGAAUGGAGGACACCCCAUCCCUGCCGGGAACCCUGACGAUUCUAAAUUGGAACUGUCGGGGCCUCGGAGGGCGCCGAACAGUUCAUGUUCUUAGGGAGUUAGUCCAUUGUAAUAAUUUUCCUGUUUUAUUUCUUUUAGAAACAAAAUGUAAUAAAUAUGAAAUGGAAUGGCUCCGUGUUUGUUUGGGUUAUGAUUCGUAUUUUACAGUUGAGAGUGUUGGAAGAGCAGGCGGUUUGCCUUUGCUCUGGCAGAAUUCUUCUUUUGUGUCUAUUCUUUCUUUCUCCUUAUCUCAUAUUGAUGCCAUGAUUGAUGCUAAUUCUGAUGAAAGGUGGCGUUAUACUGGUUUUUAUGGGUCUCCGGUGGUGACUAGGAGACAUGAGUCUUGGGCACUUCUUAAAUUAUUAUCUACUAAGUUUCAACUCCCUUGGAUUUGCUCAGGGGAUUUUAAUGAGAUUUUGUCAACUGAUGAGAAAAUUGGGGGUCAAUUACGAUCACAAAGGCAGAUGCAGGGGUUCCGGGAUGCUGUGGAGUUUUGCAUUGAAGAUGUGAUUUCUAGUAGUUGGAACAGAGGGGAAGGGCUAGAUCUUAAACACCGGAUACCAUGUUGUGGUCAGGACUUGCAGUGUUGGGAUCGUGAAGUCUUUGGUUGCGUACAUACCAAUAUUAUCAAGAAAAGAAAGGAGCUUGAAGCCUUAUAUUCUGAGUAUCAAAGUAGUAGUGAUUCGAGCCCAUUUUAUGCUGCACUCGACGAACUAAAUGAGUUGUAUGAUCGUGAGGAAUCCAUGUGGUGUCAGAGGGCAAAGGACAGUAAUGGAACUUUGCAGCAGGAUAGCACUAUAGUGAAGAGGACGAUUUUUAAGUAUUAUCGUGAGUUGUUCACCUCAAACUCGCCAAGUGUUUCUGACAUACACCAGGUCCUUGCACUCGUUAAUAGUCGGGUCACAGUUGAGAUGAAUGAUUUGCUGAUGAGGGAGUUUACUUCUGAGGAGGUUCGUGUUGCUGCUUUUGGUAUGGCUCCGAAUAAAGCUUCAGGUCCAGAUGGGAUGUCUCCUCUAUUUUAUCAAAAAUAUUGGCAUAUAGUGGGUGAAAAGGUAAGUGAGAUGGCGCUAUUAUUUCUUAAUCAUGGUGUUGCGCUUCUAGAGAUCAAUCACACAAAUAUAGUGCUUAUACCGAAAAUUGAUAAUCCCUGUCAAGUUAAGGACUAUAGGCCUAUAAGUUUGUAUAACGUAGUGUUUAAGAUUGUUUCAAAGACACUUACGAAUCGGUUAAAGGAAAUUUUGCCAAAUAUUAUAGGUCCAUACCAGAGUGCUUUUGUCCCUGGCAGGAUGAUUUUUGAUAGCUCCAUGAUAGCCUUUGAAACUGUCCAUUACAUGAAAAAUAAGAGGAGGGGGAUAGAAAAACAUAUGGCUUUGAAAUUAGAUUUAAGCAAGGCUUAUGAUCGUGUAGAGUGGAAAUUUUUAGAAGGAAUUAUGAGGCAGCUGGGCUUUGCAGAUCGGUGGAUUUCACUAGUCAUGCAUUGUGUUGAGACGGUAUCUUAUUCUGUUCUUGUUAAUGGGGAGGAAACAGAUAAAAUUGCUCCUACUAGAGGGAUAAGACAGGGAGAUCCUCUCUCACCAUAUUUGUUUCUGUUAUGCAUGGAGGGCUUUUCCUGUUUGCUACAAGAUGCAGAAAGAUUGGGACAUAUUCGUGGAGUAGUUGUUUCUCGAGUUGCACCUAGGGUGUCUCAUCUUUUUUUUGCAGAUGACAACUUGCUAUUUUCGCGGGCUUCCUUAGCAGACUGUGAUGCUAUUUUAGAUGUUUUGAGACAAUUUGAGUUAGCAUCGGGCCAACAAAUCAAUACAGAUAAGUCUGCAAUUCUUUUUAGCAAAAAUACCCUGGAAGAUCUCCGCAGCAUGAUAAUGAAUUAUUUGGGAGUGCAAAGGAUUUUAGAUAGAGACAAAUACCUGGGAAUGCCUAUUUUGAUAGGUAGGGCGAAAAGGAUUGAGCUGGAAGUUAUCCGAGAUAGGCUGAUUAAACGAGUUCAAGGAUGGCAGGGGAAAUUGUUAUCAAUAGCAGGCAAGGCAGUGCUAAUUCAGGCAGUAGCUCAGGCGAUUCCCACCUAUUUGAUGAGCUGUUUUAAAUUUCCCAAAACUUUUUUGCAUGAGCUCAAUAUGGUAAUGGCUCGUUUUUGGUGGGGAGAUACAAAGCUAAAGUGGAGGAUCCAUUGGAAGUCAUGGGAUGAUCUUUGCAUUUCAAAGUUGGAUGGUGGAUUAGGGUUUCGCGAUUUUGAGGCUUUUAAUUUAGCCUUAUUAGCGAAACAGUGUUGGCGAUUACUGUAUAAUGAAGAUUCGCUAUGUUUCAGAGUUUUUAGAGCAAAGUAUUUUCGAGGAGGAUCUUUUAUGAAUGCAACUUUGGGUCACAAUCCAUCCUUUGUGUGGCGGAGUUUGUUAGCAGAGGGGCAAUGGGAUGUUGAUCUCCUACAAGAGCUUUUUGUUCAGGAAGAUGUUGAUAGGAUUUUGAGCAUACCUCUAUACCAGCGGCCUUUGAGAGAUACUUUAAUUUGGAAUAAUGCUUAUAAUGGGCAAUAUUCGGUUAGAAGUGGGUAUUUUAUUGCUCGAUUCUUGUUAGGAGGACUACCAUUUCUCCUAAGAAUAGAUCUUCUCAAUGGCGUAUCAUUUUGGGGGGCGUUAGUGUUACCAAAGGUUAAGUUCUUUCUUUGGCGUUUGGUGAGUAAUAUUCUGCCUUCUAAGUCUCAACUUCAAGUUAGAGGAGUCCAAAUAGACAGUGUGUGUGAUGUUUGUGGUAAUGAUGAAUCUUCUGUAUAUCAUAUCUUUUUUGACUGCCCUUUUAGUUAUAGAGUUUGGGGGCAGUCAUGUCCUUGGAUACAGGGGUAUUUGUCUGAGUGGUCAAGCCGUGAUGAUUUUUGGUUACUUUUAUUGGAAAAGGCCAGCCAACUAGGGUCUUUGGAAUUAGUUGCCUCGCUCUUAUGGCUAAUCUGGAAUAAUAGGAACAAAGCCCUUUAUGAUGGAGUGUGUAAAUGUCCUUCUGUUGUGUGUGUUCUGGCAGUUAAUUUGGUGUCGGAUUUUGAAGCGGCUAAUCGAAGGCUUGAGAGAUUACAAUGCUCCCAUGUCGAGCAACCAUGGAGGCCACCAUCUCCUGGUACCUUUAAGCUAAAUUCGGAUGCUGCAUAUUGUUGUCGAAGGAAGGAAGCAGGCUUGGGAGUGGUAAUUCGAGACUCAACAGGACAAGUGCUUUAUACUGCGGUUACUAGAGUUGCAUGGGUGCUAGAUUCACUAUUUGCAGAAGUUUACGCUAUCCUCUUCGGGUUGCUGGUAGCCAAGACUUUUGGAUUGGGUCAUGUUGAUGCCGAAAGUGACUCCUUGCAGGCCAUUCUAGAAUUAAACCGAUUGACUCCAUCCUUGUGGGAAGGGGGGUCUUUGAUUCAGCAAAUUAAAGAUUUAGGUAGCUGUUUUGACUCUUGUAGUUUUAGGCAUGUAAAACGUUCUGCUAAUAAGUUUGCCCAUAAUUUGGCACAUUUAGAGUGUGAUGUGGGUGAAAACUUUGUUUGGUGUGGAGUCCCUCUGCACGUGUGUAAUCCCAAUUUAUAA